AUGGUGUCCUGUCACUAUUCUUUAAAGAGUUAAAUAAUCAUGUCGGUAGAAACCCGGUCGACUUCAGCACUUUUUAAAAGAGCGGAACAGUUAAAACGUUGGGAAGAUUCUGACACAAAUCGUGAGCCAUCAACUCCAAAACAGAAAUCGCGUAAAAUAAAAUUUUCCUCUGGAUGUGUUUUUCUGGCUGCUUGUGCUGCGGGUGAUAAAGAGGAAGUUGUAAAAUUACUGGAACGAGGAGCUGAUAUAAAUACAGCAAACGUUGACGGAUUAACCGCUUUACAUCAGGCUUGUAUAGACGACAACCUGGAUAUGGUAGAAUUUCUUGUGGAACAUGGAGCUGAUGUUAAUAGAGGAGACAACGAAGGUUGGACACCUUUACAUGCCACAGCUAGUUGUGGUUUUUUAUAUAUCGCUAAAUAUCUUAUUGACAAAGGUGCCAAUAUUGCAGCAGUCAAUAAUGACGGAGAACUUGCUGUUGACAUAGCUGAAUGCCAAAAAAUGGAAGACUUACUUAAAGAAGAGAUAGAUACGAGAGGAGUAGAUUGUGAAGCAGCUAGAAAUGAAGAAGAGAAUGCUAUGUUAAAAGAUGCUAAAGGAUGGCUUUUGACUAAAAGUUCCUUAGUAAACUUGUCACACCCAAAAAAUGGAGCUACCCCACUUCAUAUAGCAUCAGCUAAAGGAUAUAUGGAAGUAAUAAAAAUAUUACUUCAGUGCGGAGCUGAUGUAGAUGCACAAGAUAAUGAUGGUUGGACGCCACUUCAUGCAGCAGCACAUUGGAACCAAAAAGAAGCUUGUCAAAUACUUGUUGAAAACUUAGCUGACAUGGAUGCUAAGAAUUUUGUUGGUCAGACGGCUUUUGACUUAUCAGAAUCUAAUAUAGCAACAUAUUUGGAGGAGCUUAGGAAAAAUCAAAAUAAAGAGGUUAUAAAUAUGAGACAGUCUAAGAAGAGAGCAGAAAUUCGUGAUAAAUGUUCAGAAGCUGAAACACCAAGUAAAGUUAAAAAGGUGGAAAUUGAAGUAUCAGAUGAAAAUCAAGUAAAAAUAACUGAACCAAUUGAUUCCUCAAAUAUCGAAGUUCCAUUAAAAGAAAUAAAGAAUACACAGAUCAAUGAAGAAAUUAAAGAGGAUAUCAAUGAAAAAAAUACUUCUGUAAAGGUGCCACCUGUAGUAAACACUCAAGUUAACAUUCAGCAACCCUUGAGAAG